AGCCAUGCUGCCAACUCGUUUCCCUUCCCGCCGUGCCGACGACGCCGCCGGGCCGGAGCCCCUGAUGCCGUCCACUUCCCGCGCCGUGCUGUCGGAGCUCGUCGCCACCGCCGUGUUCGUCUUCGCCGCCGAAGGCUCCCUCUACGGCCUCUGGAAGAUGUACAGUGAGACGGGCACGGUGGGGGGCCUGCUGGUGGUGGCCGUGGCGCACGCGCUGGCGCUGGCCGCGGCGGUGGCGCUGUCGAUCAACACGUCGGGCGGGCACGUCAACCCGGCCGUCACGUUCGGCGUGCUCGUGGGCAGGCGCAUCUCCUUCGCGCGCGCCGUGCUCUACUGGGUGGCGCAGCUCCUCGGCUCCGUGCUCGCGGCGCUCCUCCUUAGCCUCGUCUCCGGAGGCGCGCGCCCCAUGGGCUCCGCGCUCGGCCACGGCAUCCACGAGCGGCACGCCCUGCUGCUCGAGGUCGUCAUGACGUUCGGGCUCAUGUACACCGUGUACGCCACCGCUGUGGACCGGAACGACGGCGUCGGCGCCAUAGCGCCCGUCGCCAUCGGCUUCGUCCUGGGCGCGAACAUCCUCACCGGCGGACCCUUCGACGGCGCCGCCAUGAACCCGGCGCGGGCGUUCGGCCCCGCGCUCGUCGGCUGGAACUGGAGCCACCACUGGGUUUACUGGGUCGGGCCGAUGAUCGGCGCCGGGCUGGCCGGCGCGUUGUAUGAGUUUGUCGUGGGCGAGCAGCCUGAUCAGGCGCCACCAGCUGCUGCACGGCUGCCCGAGCCCGUUGAGGAUUACUGAGGUGUUCAGUUGUGGUUAAUGCCUCCAGGCUGUGCAGCUUGGAGUCUACGAGCAGACAGGGAUCUCAUGGAAGGAAUUAAUUAUGGCUACUAGAGAAAGAAACACUUGCAGGGUUUUAGGUUGCUAAUACAAGUUUUCUAGUACAGUAAUACGUUCGAUCACUCCAUGAUGUCCGAAAUCCAAUCUGCCACAUUCGUUUCCUUCAUUAUAGCUGAAUACUUCAGCUACUCUAAUUUGU